UGCGUGCGUGUGUGUGUGUGUGCGUGUGUGUGUGUGCUGUUUAAUAGUGCUACCCUACUGAUGUACCAUACCUCAGUUCAACAUGGAUACCCGACUCAGACACACUGUACUGACUCCGAUCCGACCUUGUCUUAUCCCCUAAUGCCGAACGUCAGACAGGGAAACAAGAAGUACCAUCUUUUAGUAUGUAAGUCUUUUGGUAUGGCGCGGCCAGGGACCGAACCGCCGACCUUCCGCUCCUCGGCCAGACGCUCUUUCCACUAGAUCGACUAGAUCACAGAGGCAGUCAGGAUAUAUGUAGCAACACAGAACACUAUUCAAAGUGUAAAUGAAUAAAUUGUUGACAUGGCGAGAUAGUUGUAAUCAAGAUGGUGUAAUGUUCACGUGGGAAGACAGAGAAUUCCACUGAGGCGUAUUUAGACCACGUGUUAUAUUAGGUCUUCAAGCCUUUUGGUAUGACUAUCUAUGUCCAACACGUUCAUGUAAUAAGCGCACUUAACACCAGUGGAGACAAGGACUUAUGUUUUAUAGUAUAUAUAUUCUUUCUCUUUUUUUUUCACAAAUAAAAGCAAUGGGAAUGCCAAGGCGAAAGUUCGAACACGGAUUCUUAUUGCACUGUAUAACAAUAGGAAAUAUCCCCUUUCAUCAACUUUAUAUUGAAAACUUAAUCCCAUGAUUAAGACGAGUCACAUUGCAGAUAUUGUAUUCACUUCAGUUAUAUCCAUGUUAUCUGCGUUAAUAUUUGUUCCAGUAGAUGGUUUAAAGCCAAGAAGGGAAAUGUUGUUGACAAAUGACAUAUUAAUGGCUGUUGAUGCUGAGGAAUAUCUUGUUUUUAUCACAAUACGCCCGGACACAGUGUGCAGAAUGAAAUCCGAUUUUUUAUUGCGCAACACCAAAAUGUCCUCUGUCACACUCAGCCGAAACACGAACUCGUUUUUAUAAGUGUUGUAGUUCACAUAUUGAUGGCAUGAUGUUAAGACUGUGUUUGGAAGUAACAAUGGUAGAAUAGGCGUAUUGUCCCUGGAUCCUGGACCCGUACUUCAUCUUAAUAUGGGUAAAACUGCAACUCACAAGCCUCUAAAAAACAGAAUGUCAAAGACGAAGGCAAAGAGUUGGCAUGGACAGAAGGUUUUUAAGACUCAAGACAACCAUUUUAAACUCAAAUCGUUUUUAUUCACGCAGAUAACAGAUGAGGUACAUAGCACUGAUGAGCACUGGUAUGAAAGAAAUAACAAUUCCAAUACUUAGAUAUAUUACUAAUUCGUAUAUACACACAACAACAUAAUUAAUACUGAACACACUGAUGUAAAUCUUGAAAUUCUAGAGAGGACUAAGGUUAUACAGCUUAUCGGUGGAUGAGAAAAUGUACACCAUAUUGUCACAUACUCAGUUUUCAGAUAUUAAGAUCCUGCUUAUCAACGGAAAUUCCACAGCUGACUCUUCACAUGAACGACCUCGUUUAAUACAGUUUAUAUUCAAGCUUUAGUCAUUGUGGUCAGUUCGAACGGAUUUGAGGAAAACCAGGAGAUGCAACAGCUUAUUUUAGCCGUGUUCUUGGCAGGAACCAAUGCUGCAUUGCAGUUUGCCUCCUACUACCAGGACCACAUGGUUCUACAGAGAGGUCCUCAGCGGGCUGUCAUCUGGGGACAUGCCACCACAAUAGGGGACACUGUCACAGUGGCCAUCGUAGGUCAUGGCUCAGUCACCGGAAGUGUCACCAGAGAUUCUGCAGGACAAGGGACGUGGAAGGUCAAGCUUCCGGCUAUGACGGCCAAGGGUCCUUUCACCGUGUCCGCCAGAUCGAGUGAGGGGACAGUGACAAUCACGGAUGUCCUCUUCGGGGAUGUCUGGCUGUGUGGAGGGCAAAGUAACAUGGAGUUUCCAGCUGGGCAUGUUCUAAAUGGCACUGCUGAACUAGCUGCAUCUCUGAAGUACGUUGACAUACGGGUCAUGCGAGUAAACCGCGCCCAGUCGGCAACACCCUUCACGGAACUUGGAGCAAAUGGACUAACUAAGUGGCAGGCACCGACAAUAGCUGGCAUCAGCUCUUUCUCGGCUGUGUGUUGGUUCUUUGGGGAGUACCUCUACACCGACAGAAAGUAUCCUAUUGGUUUGAUCGAGUCCAACUGGGGAGGUACGCCAAUCCAGGCUUGGUCUUCUCCUGAUGCUCUUGUUGCCUGCUCCCAUCAUACAAAACGAGGUCCAGGCGCCAAUUCUGUUCUCUGGAACCCAAUGAUUAGCCCUCUUCUUGACCUUACCAUAUAUGGAGCCAUAUGGUACCAAGGUGAGGCUAACCGCAACAAUUAUGAUCAAUAUUCAUGUCAGUUCCGGGCAAUGAUCAGCGACUGGCGGCAGAAGUUUCAUAAGGCAUCAAUAGGAGAAACGAGCGCUACCUUCCCAUUUGGUUUCGUUCAGCUGGCCGGGUUUCGUCAGAGCGCUACAACUAUCGGAGGUUUCCCUGGACUUAGAUGGGCCCAGACAGCGAACCAUGGCACCGUUCCUAAUCAGGAUCUCCAGAAUGUCUUCAUGGCGGUUGCUAUGGAUCUACCUGACUACCAUUCCCCAUACGGAGUCAUCCAUCCCCGGUACAAGCAAGAUGUUGCUAGGCGACUGGUUCAGGCUGCACGAGCAGUAGCUUACAAGGAACAAGGUGUUAUGUACCAGGGUCCUUUUCCAAAGACUGUAGCAGACAAUACAGCCCACCACACAAUCAACAUCAUCUAUAAUUAUGGCCCCAUAAUGGUCAACUCUAACAAUGGAUUCGAGGUCUGUUGUUCAGCUGAUGCAACGUGUGGCCCUCUAGAUACUUGGAUAGCUGCACCGAUCCAAUCCCACCAAGACAACCAGGUAGUUCUCUCUACAACAUCCUGUACUCGCAAGGUUGUGGGUGUGCGGUACGCCUGGAGAGAGAGCCCCUGUGACUACAAGAAGUGCGCCAUAUAUGGGAAGGAUACGUCACUUCCGGCUCCCCCAUUCUUACACACCGACAACUUCGGAUCUGGACCUAUAAUUGGUUAAUAAAUCCGAUGAAGAGUUGAACUAGCUAAUUCAUUUUUUCAAGCAAAUUGUUCGUUUUGAUGUGUAGUGGGAGAAAAGAAGGGACAGGAGUAUGGGAAAAGGUUUUGGGCAGAAAGUAAUUACAAGUGAUCAGGCAUUAACUUACCAUAUGUGAAUAAAGUUCAGUGUUAUUAUUA